CUCAGUCACACAUGACUUCUUAGAAAGAAGAUAAGGAAGUUUUGAUCACAAUAUGAACUCCCUGCUUGAUCGUUACACACUGCAUCUAAACUGGGGUUAUUUCACAAGGGAACACUUUGGAUGCGGGAAAUAAAUAUUUGCGUGUCUUAAAGUGAUAAAAGCUGGUUUCUGAGGAAGUUUUGGACUCGUGCACGACCUGUGUUUAUUUUUUUCAACCUCUGACAUAUGCCUGACACUGAUGGACGGAACACUGCUAAUCCGCUCUUUGGGAAGUUGUGUGUGACUCAUUCAGUGUCCCUGGUCCUUUCCAGGUCCGUUGGUCCUCCCAGCGGGGCUCCCGGGACCGCAUCAUUAUCGGAAUCACCGUCAUAUGUAAAACAGGUUCUGCGUCUGGCGCGCACAGAUCGCUGGAGAAUGUAGAGCAACAGACACUACCUCUACCUCCGCGGGACAUUAAACAUGCGAAGUCAAGGUCUGGGGGUCUCAGUCGGCACCCAAAAACUCAAGCGGGGAACUCGCUCGACGUGUUUCGGCUCUUUCUCCGCGGAGCGCACACUCAUCCAGCAUCCGUGAUCAUGACUUCGGGUCUGUCUGACACUAAAGUCCUCUACAUCGUGAUGGAGGCGGUGAUCGCCGUGUCCUCGGUCGUCGGGAACGUGAUGGUGGUCUGGGCAGUGCUUAUUAACCGCUCUCUGAGAGAUACCACGUUUUGUUUCAUCGUCUCCCUGGCCUUGGCUGACAUUGCGGUCGGGGCUCUUGUCAUCCCCCUCGCCAUAACCAUCAGCAUCGGACUCCAGACUCACUUCUACAGCUGCUUGCUCUUCUCCUGCACAAUGCUCGUCCUCACGCAAAGUUCGAUCCUGGCGCUGCUGGCCAUCGCCAUCGACCGCUAUCUGAGAGUCAAAAUACCCAUGAGCUACAAGCGGGUUGUGACCCCUCGGCGAGCCGGCACGGCCGUGUUAUUGUGUUGGCUGGUGUCCAUAAUAGUGGGCCUCAUGCCUAUGUUUGGCUGGAAUAACCUGCAGCAUCUCCGUGACAAUGGCUCUCGGAUCACUGAUGACCUCUUGGUGACCUGCGAAUUUGAGACAGUCAUCAGCAUGGACUACAUGGUCUAUUUCAACUUCUUCGGCUGGGUACUGCCCCCUCUGCUCCUCAUGCUGGCCAUCUACGUUGAGAUUUUCUACAUGAUCCACAAGCAGCUUAACAAGAAGGUGACAGCGAGCCACACAGAUCCGAGACGUUACUUUGGCAAGGAGCUCAAGCUAGCCAAGUCUCUCGCCCUUGUUCUUUUCCUCUUCGCUGUCAGCUGGCUCCCUCUUCACAUCAUCAAUUGCAUCACCCUCUUCUGCCCUGCCUGCGACAAGCGAGCAUUCCUCAUGUAUAUCGCCAUCAUCCUUAGCCACGGCAACUCGGCUGUCAACCCCAUUGUUUACGCUUUCCGCAUCAAGAAAUUCCACACAGCGUUCCGCAGGAUCUGGAAACAGGCUUCACAGAAUGGAAAGGACUUUGGCUUUCUUUUCACACUCGAGGGAUUACUGGUCAAAAUGGCCUUAACGGCAUCGAGGGACGCCAGAGGGACGAACAGACGACGGAGCUCCAUCGUUGACUAAAUGAUUUCCUCCAUCCAACAUGCUUCAAGAGGACAGGGCGACAAAUCAGCAUGGAGACGAAACCAACAUCCUAAAUCAGGCUUUGAUUUAGAUAAGACUAUUUUUUUUUUGUUUCUCCACUGGCUGACAGAAAUAAUGAUGAUGUCGUAUGGGAUAAGGGGCUUCUCAUCAGUUUCAACACCAACCUGUUGAACUUGAAUAAGUAAGUGUAUAUCUGUCGCACAUAUGGUAAUGUAUCUUGUAUCGUGUUUUUUUAUCUGAACUAAAACUAAUGGCCUUUUCACAUGAAUAAUCUCAAAUAGUUAAGCAUCUUAUGUUCUUAAUUUACAUUUGCUUAUUUCUGUGGCCUGGUUGACAGAAAAUGAAGAAGGAACUGAGUAAAAAGCUAGCAUUGUGCUAAUAAUAGGAAUCUGGUAUACCAGUGAGCAAGCACAAAGUUUGCGCAACCAGCUUGGUGCUUCGAGAGGAACCAGGAUACAGGAUGUAUAUGCAGAUUGCAUGGAAGGAAAAAAAAGUUAAAUUGAAUCACUUGGCAUUAAAAACCAGGAUCUUUGGAGUGAUGAACCUCUCGUUUACCAACUGUGCUAAUGGCAAAAUUACGCAGUAACUCAUCAGACUCAUGGCCUUUACACACAUGGCUGGUGGUGCAUUAGCACACGUGAAGGUUUUUUGAAAUUUCUGAGACCAUCUGAAUGACAGAAUGACUAAUACUAGCUAAUAGUUGCAGCUGAAAAUAGCAGCCCAUGGUUAAAGAAAAUGUACUACUAAAUGUGUAACUCUUUAGCUGCAUCAGUGUUGUUCAAUAGAAGGCUGUGAAUCUAAAGAAUGUUCUCCUCCAUCCAAUGACCUUCAUUUGAUCCUGGUAAUAAUCAUGUUAAUCCUAAAACGUACCUCUACUUUACAUGUAUCUGCAGGCCCUUUCUAAUACGCACAGGUGUUUUAACGGUCAGUUUUUCAAACUCUUUCUCCUAAUUCAUUGUGAUGAAGUACGGUUACUAGUGUAGCAUCAUCACAUCCUCUCUGUUAAUUUUGUUACAGGCCUGGCUUAAACUGACAAGUGUUAACCUUUGAAAUGACACUGAUAAUAUGUACUGUAUGUAUCUGAUGUAUGUAUAAAUAUUAAUGGGAGAUUGUAUAAGACUGUAUAAAAUUCAUCUCACUGAACAAACAGCUGUGUAUCUCUGAUGUAUGCUCUUACAGUUGUUGAAGCGAGCAGAUUGGGAAAUCCACCCUCCGAGCAACUCAUUAGAUUUUUUUUGUGUGUGACGACAAAUAGUAAAUAAACUAGAAACCAUCUUGCGAUGGGAUCACACCAGCCACGAUGCCUGUUAACAUGUUGACGUUGUGACCCAUGAGUACUCAGUAGUCAUCACUGCAUUAUUACAUGAGUAGUCAGUACAUGUGGGUCAGGCCACGCCCAUCAUUGAACUCUGCCUUCAUUUUGAUCUCAACUACAAACCAGUAAAGUUUUGUGACUUUAUCUUGCACGGUCGUGACGCUAUCAUGGUGACACACUCUGUCCACAGAAAGACAGACAGACAGACAUAUAAAUGCCUGCCAAAGUACUCAAAACUUCCUCUAUGGUAGUUCCUGCUGCCUUCAGGACCUCCAGGUUUCUCCGGGACCACCUUUUGCCAUGAAACACAGAGAAUCGUAGGGUGAAAACAAUAGCAGAAACGCCGUUGCGGCUGGUAAAUAAUGUCAGAGCAUAUGGAGAUCCCUGAUUUAAUUCAUAAUGCUGUAUGUGCAUUAGCAGGUGGAAGCAUCAAAAUCCACUCUCUGCUUUAUGACAGAAAUAGCAUCUCACACUGGGUUGCAACAUAUACAGAAUACACACACACUUACACCCAUUGUAUGUCUUCACAAGACAAGUGUACUCGUUGUAUUUCCAAUGCUGCUCUUGUAACAUUGUUUCCAUGUGAUUCUCUUCUUAUUUUGUGCCCAUGUGAAACCUUUUUAAAGCCACUAUGUGUAGAGUUAGCAUACUGCAAAUGCUAUGUUGGCAAAUCUCCGGGUUAUUACAUGCAGUCUAAAGGCCUGGUCACACCACGAUUGAAAAAGGCAAAAUUUCACAGCAAAAUCACUUCAUUUCAAUGGAAUCUCUGCAAUCAGAUGAUCAGAAGCUCAAGGAGGUGUAAUUAAUUUACUCUAAUUAAUUACUCUCAUGUCACGUUCACCUUUGGUGAAUUUUAAUGUGUGAAUUUGCACCUUUGACCAAUAGCAAGCUAACCUGACAAUGCUGACCUUUGAGGGGACAGAGAACUAGAGAGUCCAAAAUACAGGAAGCUAUCAUAGCCUAUUAGCUGUGUUGUGCCAUUCACUUUUAUUCAAAAUCCUCUGUCAUAACAAAACCUGUUGUGCAAAAGAGCAAUGGUUUACUUCCAGUCAUGAGACAGGAGUUCAUGGCACAAAUACGUCUUUCCAAUUAACUAUGAAGAUACUGUUGCGUUAGUGACCGAGCCAAGCUAAAAAGCUAAUGAAGUUGAAUGAAUUAAGUAACUGACUGUUACAAAGCUCGUUAGCUCGGAGAGCUUCAAUUUCCUGGCUGAAUAAGUUUUCAGUGAAGGAAAUGGUGUGCAAUGGUGAACAAAAUGCCAGGGAAAGUAAACGCAACAGUAGAGAGAAAAACAGAGAGAAGCUCUCUGAGCUGCUGUGACUAGCUAGAGGCUAAUCUAGAGGCUGACUGGGGUGAUAGCAGGUUAGCUCGCCAGCUACAGCAGUUCACCAAUUAGCCCUGCCCCAUCUAUUUCGUAUGGACAACAGGAUGUCUUUUUGUGGUGUGACUGCCGCUUAACACUGUUUUUUUUUUUUUUUUAUCAACACCGGGGGCAACAGAGUAGGAUAUUUUUCAUUUUUUUAUUUUUUAAAUACACAUAGUGGCUUUAAGUUUUGAUGUGUUCACUUUUACUGAACCCAUGUGAUAUAUGAAACAUGAUUUGUGCAAUAUUCUCAGAUGUACAUAGACAAUAUCAGAAAAAUUCUAUGGCUUAGAUAUUGUACAUGUAGACAUGUUAAUGAGAAUCAAGUGCUGGAGGCCUCACAGCAGUAUGUGCUAAUAUAUUGAGCUUUGUCAAUCUGUAAUUAUGAGUGAAUAAAUAGGUCAGUAGUUGGAGUCAAAACACAGAAAGUAGACUUUUUAUUUAAUUUAUUACAUUGAUUCAGUGAAGUUUGUGUUAUCUGCUGUGCUGCUGGAAAAUACAUUUACAUAACACAUGAUAAAAGAAAUAAAGUUGUUUUUAUCAUGGACGCUAACUACAAAAAAUGUAAUGACUGCCAAGUAGUUUUGUUAUUCUUAACAAGUCAAUGUCAUUAGUUACUUUUCAAAUACCACAGUAUCUCUCUCUCUCUGCCUCUCCCUCUUUUUGUCAAAUACACACGCUCAUACAGACAAGUCACGUCAAGUUUAUUAUGUAGCCUAAAAUCACAUUUGAUAAUAAA